GCAGCUUCUCACCGCCAGCUGGCCGUAUCAUGACCUUGGGAAUCCGGUCGUCAUCUCCCCCUCCACCUCCACAACCCCCAAAAGCGAGCUGAAAAUUAUUUUCAUUCCAUCAAUCCUCCUGCUAGACUUGGAGUUCCUCCUACUCGACUUCACUUAAUCCGGAAAAGAGCCAUAUGGCCAGCAAACGCAUCCAAAAGGAACUCCUGGAUUUGCAAAGGGAUCCUCCCGCGUCCUGCAGUGCUGGACCAGUCGGCGAGGAUCUCUUCCACUGGCAAGCUACGAUUAUGGGUCCUUCCGAAAGUCCCUACGCCGGCGGGGUGUUCUUCGUGGCCAUCCAUUUUCCUCAAGACUACCCAUUCAAGCCUCCUAAAGUCAACUUCCAGACCAAGGUGUACCAUCCAAACAUCAACUCCAAUGGCAGCAUCUGUCUUGACAUCCUCAAGGAUCAAUGGAGUCCGGCUCUGACCAUCUCCAAGGUUCUCCUCUCCAUUUCCUCCCUCCUCACGGACCCGAACCCUGACGACCCCCUCGUCCCCGAGAUUGCCCACCUGUACAAAACGCACAGAUCUCGCUACGAAGACGCAGCGAGGUCGUGGACGCAGAAGUAUGCCAUGGGCUGAUGUUUGCAUGGUUCUUCAAACAAGUUAAUUAAUCACGUUUGUUUGCUUGGUAAUGUACUUAGAAGCAGACUUGCUGAAUCCUCAGCUCUGCUCCUCGAAUUCUCUAUCUGUUCAUGUUGCUUGGUUCGUUGUUAGGUGUGAUUAGAGUUGGAUUCAGAUAA